GGCGCCUUCUUGCCUAGUAUGGAGAAGAUGGCGGCUCGUGGAAGCUUUCAGACGGCACCAACCGGGGGAGUUGGGGGAGCUAUGGGUCCUGGGCCCCCAGUACCGGGUGGAGCGCCGGUGAUGGGACCGGGUGCUCCAGCCGGACGGAUGGGUCCGUCAUCUGGCGCACAGAAUCACCUUUACCGCUCUCCUAUGCCUGGGCCUGGAUACCCGAGACCCGGGAUGCCCCCUUCCAGCCGCAUGACCCCCCAGGGCCCAUCCAUGGGGCCUCCUGGAUACGGUGCAAGCCCAGUGUCACGACCCGGGAUGCCUGUCAUGGACCCAUCCCGAAAGAGACCCGCUCCUCAACAGAUACAACAGGUUCAACAGCAGAACCGCAAUCAACAUGCUAAGAAGAAGAAGAUGGCUGAUAAAAUUCUACCUCAGAGGAUCAGGGAACUGGUUCCAGAGUCUCAGGCCUAUAUGGAUUUGCUAGCAUUCGAACGGAAGCUUGACCAGACAAUUAUGCGGAAAAGGCUAGACAUCCAGGAGGCACUCAAAAGACCAAUCAAGCAAAAGAGAAAGCUCCGUAUUUUUAUUUCAAACACCUUCAACCCUGCAAAGCCAGAUGCGGAGGAUGGAGAGGGCACUGUUGCAUCUUGGGAGCUGCGUGUGGAGGGGCGGCUCCUGGAGGAUACUGCUGUGUCCAAGUACGAAGCCACAAAACAGAAGAGGAAAUUUUCCUCUUUCUUCAAGUCACUGGUGAUCGAGUUGGACAAGGAUCUGUAUGGUCCCGACAAUCACUUGGUGGAGUGGCACAGGACUGCAACCACCCAGGAGACUGAUGGUUUCCAGGUCAAGAGGCCAGGUGAUGUGGGGGUGCGCUGUACUGUACUGCUCAUGCUUGACUACCAGCCCCCGCAGUUCAAGCUGGACCCCCGCCUGGCCCGCAUGUUGGGCAUCCACACACAGACCAGGCCUGUUAUAAUCCAGGCCCUGUGGCAGUAUGUGAAGACGCACAAGCUGCAGGACCCCCAUGAGCGCGAGUUCAUCAACUGUGACAAGUACCUCCAACAGAUAUUUGAGACCCAUCGCAUGAAGUUCUCUGAGAUUCCACAGCGUUUGCACGCUCUGCUGAUGCCUCCCGAGCCUAUCAUCAUUAACCACAUCAUAAGUGUGGACCCAAAUGACCAAAAGAAGACAGCCUGCUAUGACAUUGAUGUAGAAGUGGAUGAUACUCUGAAAACACAGAUGAACUCCUUCCUGCUGUCUACUGCUAGCCAACAGGAGAUUGCAGGCUUGGACAACAAGAUCCAUGAGACGAUUGAGACCAUAAACCAGUUGAAGACACAGAGGGAGUUCAUGCUGAGCUUCGCUCGAGACCCGCAGGGUUUCAUCAACGACUGGCUGCAGUCACAGUGCAGGGACCUCAAGACGAUGACAGAUGUAGUGGGAAACCCUGAGGAGGAGAGGAGAGCAGAGUUUUACUUCCAGCCCUGGGCCCAGGAAGCGGUGUGUCGCUACUUCUACUCUAAGGUGCAACAAAGAAGGCAGGAGCUGGAGCAGGCCCUGGGAAUCCGAAACACAUAGACCUUGAGCCCACAAUCCACAAGAGGGGUUGUUGGUGGGAAGAAGAUUUGCGAUAUAUUUGUCCAACCCAGGACUUUAUUAUUAACCUCACGCAGAUAUAGAAACUCCCAGCUUGUAGAGAGCAAAUUGCUGUUAACUGUUUUAGACCCCUUUUCCUGCUGUAGCUGGAGAGGCCAUUAAUGAGGCCCUGAUUUUUUUUUUCUUUUCUUUGAUUCCAUUCCACAGUUAAUAGUCUAAGAAAAAAAAAGAUUUGCACCUAGCCAUAUUCAGUGUGUCAUUAAAGCUUAUCCUCAUCUCCAAAGUCAACUUAUUGUAAUCCUACACACUUUAGAAGAUGCACUGUAUACCUUUUUAAUUACCUCAACUACUGUUGUACUCCUUCCCUCUGCUGUUGUAAGGCAGAUGCCCAGGACGACCCACUGUCAGAAAACCCAAGGAUGUGCAGAAGGAGAGGAGUAAAAAUCCCAGCGCCUUGUGUAUUUGUGUAAAUGUUCACUGUGCCACGGCAUUUUUUUUCUUCUUAUCUAUUCCUACAAAUUCUGGAAAGUGAUUUUUAGAUGCAUUUACUCCGUGUGGUGUCAUGGUUGUAGGGAACUGAGAAGUGUGACUUGGUGAUCAUGCCUCACAAGAGUAGCUGUCGUCAUCAUACUUCAUACAGUCCCCAAAAUAUUAUUUUCACAUAUCUCUUAUUGAAGAAUUCUCAUAUAUAUUGAUGUUGCAGAAUCUUCUCCCCAACCUGCCCUGAGAACGGGUGUAGGGAGCAGCUCAUUGUAGGCUUGUCUUGAAUGGACAGUUUUUAUUGUUGUAGUAGCUAUAUUGUAUUUUUUAUAUAUACUUGUGUUGCCAAGGGCCAUUUUCAGGUUUUGAUAAUCUGAGCUCUGUCAAGACUUAUCUUGCUAGUUAGUUGUAUAAGAGCAUUUAAAGAGUAGCAUGUAGUACCACAGAUGUUUAUAUGGUUGUAAAUACCUGCAAGGCAAAUGUGGAUAGGAACACUAAAGACUAUGUUAACAUGGAAGGCCAAGGACUGCCUGUCCUCAAGUUUAUGCUCAGUUAAAUAUCUUCAGCUAGUUCAGCAAUCCAGUGAUUACACGUGGAACAAGAAGGAAGUCCUGUACUGGUGUAGUCAUAUUUACCUGUGACACUAGUGUUAAGGAAAGGAUACUCCAGGGUUAUUGCGAAAAUUAGUUUAAUCUUCUCUGUCUUAAAUAGUAUCGACUGUGUGGAAGCCAUAAACCUUUGAGAAAUGAGGUCAUACAUAAAAGUAGUAAAGCUGUGACACAUGUAAGAUCUUAUUCUUGGAUUUUUACUAGUUUUGCUAGGAAAUGGUAGAGCUAUGAAGUACAUGUUUAAUAUUUUAUUUCCUCCCACUUGUCCAUUUUCCACACCCUCAUUCUAGUUUAUGUUGACACUGAAAUUAUGAUCAUUUCUGUUUUUUUCCUCACC